AUGAAAACCAGGCCUGUUCCCAAGGUCCAAAAUACGGAGCAAUGGAAAAAGAGGUUCCGAUAUGGCAGGGAAGCUGAGCUGAACCAGCUGAGGACGGUAAUGAAGAACCUGUCACUCCUGAAGCUGUUGAAGAAGUCAAAUCCCCGUACAAUAGGUCUCCACAGUUUGGCGAAAUCCUGCUGGAAACUGCUAUUUCAAGUGCCCCAGAUACUUCGUGUUUCCUCUAGGACCAGUAGAGGUACUUCCUCCCAACUAAUGGAAAUGGACAAAGACGACCCCAUAGAGAUUGGAGAGCUGGUAACAAUGAAUGAAGAGGUAGAGAAGGUGAAGGCAAAGAUGGGGAAGAACAAGAGAGUGGCCAAGAAGGCAACAAGAACUAAGAGUCAUUGCUCCUUCUCCGCCUCUUCCUGCUGCUCCUCCAAGGUCAAAGGCACCAAGCCGUCUCACUUCAUCAUCUUGAAGACCUUUCCCAAACCCCCCCUCAAAGGAACCUCCCAGAACUUAACAAAACCUUGGAAAUGGUUUGAAGGCCUGCCCAAACGCAUCCACAUACCAGCCCCCAGAUCACUCUGCCGGCCUUCUUCACUUCGCUGGGUAAAGCGCUGCUGUACCCGGUUCUGUUCUGCAUCCUUGGAGCUGCCAAGGGCUUACCUUUACAAAGCAUGA